AUGAUGAUCUCUAACAACCAUGGCGCAAGUGUUCCUCCUCGACAAUCCGAUCCCGUGACCUUCACAGUAGACGACGAACAAAAAGUGAGAACAGCCCGAAAAGACUACAUCGAGGUUGCCCGAUUUCUCUUUGGAGAUAACUGGCGGUUUACAAAGAAAAUCCUCACCUUCGUCGUUGACUCUGGAAAUAUCUUCAAUUUAUACUUAACCACACCUAAUGCCCCAGAGUUGUUAAGGAUUGAUCAACUUGAUGACUCUAUUCGUCCAUUCGUUGCAGAGCUCCGACACCUUGACUUUGUCAACACAGUCUGGAGCGAUCACCCUUCUGCGGCCGAAGAUAUAAAGGGGCCCGCAACAUACCCUCCCAGAGUGAUCAAAUUAAUGAAGGUACUUUACGACGAUGCUCAGUGGGAAUACACAAAGCUCGCUCUUGAGUGGGGCUUUGAUCGAACGAAUUACACAAGAACAAAAAAUUUUGCGGCAGAAGAAGUAAAUAGCAUUUUGCGUAGUUAUCUUGACGAGAGUUGUUUCGAUAUCAAUGAGGCUGAUGUGGAAGCCACAUUGGAUAUUGUGCAGGCUUGGGAUUACUAUAUGUCAUGUAAUGGAGACAAAAUUUCCAAAUUCUUAGAUGAUAUCGGGGAUGUUGAUCAAGAUUAG